CAUUUAUGCAUAUGUUUCAUGACUUCUGUAUGUAAGUAGGUAUAUAUUAGAGUAAGAUGAUAUAAUGGUUUGAUUAUUCCUAAUAUUAUUGUUGGGAAAAUCAUAUUUAUUUAUUGUUUUCUUUUCCCCCCUUCGUAUUUUCAUAUCUAGGGUGUGAUUAUCACCUCUGAUUAAAAGCUGGUCAAGGAAUAUCACCGAUUGUUAUUACAUAAAUGUUGUAUUUAUAUUCAUCUGUAUGUAUAUUCAUUUCAGUGAUGCGUACAAUAAAAGGGUUCAAAUUAUUAUUAUUAUUAUUAUUAUUUCAUAGUACUUUUUAAUGAAUUCAUUUAUUUAGAAAAGUUGUUUAUUCCAUGAAUGUUAUCUGAUCCGGGAUUCCGUGAACUCAUCUCUUUACCGUUAUCUCCAGCUAUAUUACAUGGGUUGACACGUGCUGGAUUUAAUUGUGUUUCAGAAGUUGUUGGAUUGAAUGUGGAUCGUUUAGCUACUAUAUGUGGAGUAAAAACUAAAGCUGCCCGUAGUGCAUUGGACAUUAUUCAUCGUUACAACCAAUCAUCUAUUGAAUGUAUGGAUAUGAAUAGUAUUGGUCUAUUCGGUUUGUGCACAGCAUGGGAUUUACUUGGUGCAUCACAAACAGUUGAUGGGAAUAGUCCAGUUGAAAGAAAUCGAUAUAAUUAUGUUGUAAGUAUGUGUCGAAGUUUCGAUGAUCUUCUUGGCGGAGGUUUUCCAACUGGUCGACUAACUGAGUUGUGUGGUGAACCGGGCGUUGGAAAAACCCAGUUCUGUCUUCAAGCUUGUGUUAAUGUACAAAUUCCCAAAUGGUUCAGUGGUCUCAAUGGGCAAGCUUUGUUUCUAGAUACUGAAGGAAACUUCAUACCUGAACGUGUUCGACAAAUAGCUUCUGCAUUGGCAGAUCAUUGUAAACAUCAUUAUAUUAAAUCAAAUCCAGAAAGAACAGAUGAAUCUUUCAUUAAACAAUAUUGCCCAACUGUUGAGAGUCUAAUGUCUGGAAUUCACUACAUACGAAUAACUGAUCAUUUGAAGUUAUUAGCUGUUUGUCGACAUUUAGAACAAUUUUGUGACCAACAUCCUUUGAUUCGACUGAUUGUGGUUGACAGUAUCGCUCUCCCAUUUCGUUACGAUUUUGACGAUAUUCCUCAACGCAAUAGAUUAUUGGCAAGUGUAACACAAAUGUUACUAUGUGUUGCUGGGCGUCAAAAGGCUGCGGUUAUUCUGACAAAUCAAAUUACAACUAAAUUCGAUGCAAAAAAUUUGAAUUCAGAACAAUUUGAUUGUGUUAUAGAAGAAGAGAAAUUUGGAAAAGAACAAUACAGAAAUGAUCAAAAUUCAUGUUUAGUACCUGCACUUGGAGAUAGUUGGGGGCAUAUUUGUUCUCUCCGUGUUUUUUUGACACGUUUAACUACAGGUAUUCGUCAAGUAAAACUGUUGAAACAUCCUGGAAGACCAUAUGGUGUUGGAUAUUAUCAAAUUACAGUAGGUUAACAUAAUAUUUUCUUGGAUUAUUAGUGCUUGUAGUAGUGCUGAGACCUAAUUUUGUAGAUGUAGCUGAACUUUGUAUUUAUUAACAAACACCUGUGUAAAAUUACGCUACACUUAUUCUUUUAAUUUAUAAAUACUUUUUUAUACCAAACAUUAUGGUGAUGGCUUCCUCAGUGAUGAUUGGUAUUUAUUGAUCAAGGAAGAAAUGUAAUAAAGUAACCGAAUAAAGGCUUUUUAUUUACUACCAUCAAAUAUGUGGCGUCAUUAUAUGGUAUUGUUGUUUCUUCCAACAGUCUAAUCUCACUUCAUCUUGCUGUUCACAUUAA